AGAGCGACCGUCAACAUCAUCAAAUUUUGACCACGGGACGAGUCGUGUAGGGUGGGUAACGUUAGAUGUUUAAAAUUGAAUAAAAUUCAGUUAAAGUUAUUAAUGUAUUCGAGCUUUCUGAUAAUGUUUCAAAAAUGUGGUCGCUGUAUUUAAGGGAUUGUCAUGAGAACUAUUCGUUAUGGAGUGCAGUGAACGUUGAAAUACGGCGACCGAUCGAAGAACUGUCAGCAGGUGGAUUGUGGAUUGCAGAAAUAUUUUGAGGGAGGAUAUUAAAGAUGAAACUUUGUGUGAAAUGGAUAUUAGACUGUUAUAAAACGUUAUGAAAUGCACAUAUCAUCUGAGAUACAGCAUCCCUCAACAACCAUCUUGACAAAAUGUACCAAAAUGUCAGAAGAGGGGCACAAAUUUGGAAUGAAUGGGAAUGUUGACAGAAAUAUUAAGGAGGAGUGCCACAAAACUAAUUAUGGGCAAGGAGGACGUCUCAAAUUCUUUAAAGAUGGAAAAUUUAUCCUUGAAUUGGAAAGAGCCAGGGAAGGUGAGAGGGUUUCUUGGGUGUCAGUACCCAGAAAAACAUUUUGGCCACCUCCAGGUACUGCCUCAGCCACUCCAGCAUAUCGUCAAGAAAGUAGUACAUCUCUUAGUGUUUCAGAUGACAAUAGUUCUAUUCAGUCAUCACCAUGGCAAAGGGAUCAUUCAUGGAAACAGACGAAUCCUUGUAAAAACUUAUCAAAAGAAUUGAAAUUUUAUUUGUGGAGACCUAAAGGUCAAAGAUCAAAAAGAUGCAGUAAUAAGAGGAGAAGACCUUUGUCAACAGCACCAGAACCCCAGUGCGAUAUUGUUAUUAAGAGUGAACGAACUUAUGUGAAAGUUAAAAAAGAAUAUGGUAGGCAUUCUCUUCUCAGCAUUGUACAGUAUCUUAUUGACAAAAGUCUCAGGACAAGUACCCCUCCCAGAGCAGAAACUGUCGUUUCACCUAGAAAACGAUUUCUUCGCGAAAUGGAAAAAGACAAAUUUCAUGGUGACGAUAAUUCUCAAAAAAGAAGCCGUAACAAAUCACAAACAAAUCAACCAAUAUCGAAUACUCCGCCUUCAGCACCGGUUACAGGAAGUGGCAGUGGUAGUCCUGUAGUCACAAAUGGUGUAGAGGAAACUAAACCACUUAGAAAUUCUAGUUAUAGCAUAACGUCACUGUUAGCGGAGGAUCGAAACAUUAAGAGAUCGCCACCGUCAUCUCCUAGUCACUAUCCCCUAACACACCCCCAAUAUUGUUCGCCACCGCCAUCCUCUGCAGAUGAUCGGUUAUAUUCAGAGAGUGUAGACAGACUGCGUUCAAUAGAACUUUCGCAAGUAGAAAAAUGUGGAUAUCCUCCCUAUUCACCUCAGUCAUAUUUACAAGGUUACAUGUAUCCAUUUCCGCCAGUGCCGUCAUAUUAUGGUGCAGGUGUUUAUGGCAGGGGAUAUGUAGUGCCUUCCAUGUAUCAUCAUUCCUCUCCUCUUCAUAUGCCCAUUAGACACGAAACUCCCACUUGCUCUUGGACAGUCGUUGAACCACGUAGGGAUGGUGAGCAUCGGGAAGAUACUGUUACAGAUAUGCCGUUGAACCUUUCCAAAAACUCCGGAUGAAAACUAUGUGUGCCUUCCGAAGAAGUACCCUAUAUCAUAUAUUUAUUAAAGAAAUAUAUUUUCUAAAGAGUUUGUAAUGUAAAAGAGUAAUUUCUUUGAGGAAGAUGACACGCGCUGUAGUUUGGCACUAAACAUGUCACUGCAGGAAUUAUGCGAUAAAUAUUGUUACUCAUUUGUAAUUGAACAUUUCAUAUAAAGCUUUCGAAGCAGAUAGCAAUAAAUAUUAAAAGGGGCCGUUUUAUAAAUAGAUUUGCUAAUAAAAAUUAUUGAUACUAAAUUGAAAGAAAAAAGAUAAUGUUCAUGUCCAACGAAUGGGUUUAUUUAUAAAACAGCCCGAUAGAAGCUUUAAAAAAUGGAAAAUGUGCAACUGACAGCUCUACAAGCAACCAACUGUAGAUAGUAGGUGUACAUAUAAACAGAUAUUUUGUAUAGAAACUGUUUUGUAUUAUUUUAUACAAUGAAAUGAAAAAACUACUUAAAAAUUAAAAAUGAAAUCAAGUCGUGAACAAAUUAAUUUGUAUUUGUAAAUAACUUUUUCACUUUUGUACAUAGUAUGUCAAACAUAUCAUUUUGCUAUUUAUUUUAACGAAUGGCGUCAGUCUAUCAGCAAAAAUAUUCUACAAGCUUCCAUAAGAUAAUUGUCUAACUUGUUGGUUAUUCAAAUCUCUUCUCCAUAGUUUGAGCGUCAUCCAUAAUUUAGUUUGUGUAUAAUGCUAAUUUUUAUCAGUUAAUCUCACAUGUAUUAAUAUUGUUAAAAAUAUCUGUUUCAUUGGAUGCUAUGGUAAGGUUUUAUCCCGAGGAUAUAUUAAGAUCCUAAAUAUGGUCAAUUAGUUCUCCUUGUUUAUCUUUACAUAAGGACUUUUCAAAAAUUAUGAUCUUAUUCCGUGAUUUGAAUGUUUGGAAACUAACCCGGAUCACCUUCAUUGUUGUUCAGGAACUGAUCGAGUUAAUCGGAUCAUAGUCAUGCAAUAUAAUCCUUUUUGUCUUCGGUUUUUCGAAUUUUCAAAAUUAUUUAAAUGACCGUUUACUUUUAAUUCUCACGAGCAGUGUACUUGAUAGGCGUUGUUUUUAAUUUAAAAUUUCCAUCGAAAAUUGAACGCGAAAUACGGAAACUGUGAUCUAAAUCACAUUCUGGAUUAGGAUCUGUAAUCAGCUGAUGGAUGAUCUACCUGAACCCGGGUAAUAGUUUCUGAAAAGUCCAACAAUUUAAAUAUUGCCAUAAAACUCUCAAUGACCUAUAUUAACAAUAAACUACUGAACUAGUGUAAAAAUACACAUUUAUUGAUUUUGAAAUUUUUAUUCAUUGCUAUAAACAGUCUAGUAUUUUCUAGAACACUCGUUGACUAAAUUACUUUUCACCAUAAUUAUUCUAAUCCUCGUAAUUGCAACUCCAUUAGUUCAUAUCUGGCUAGAAGGAUCAGACAGUGUAAUUUUGAGUCUUUGUAUAAUAAUAGUAACCCAUGUGUUCAGUAUUUUUAUGCCCAGUUAGAGUUAUUUAUGAGCAACAACAUAAUUCCCAGAUGGUGGGUGUAUUGCAACAGUUGUUAUAAAAUAGAUGUUUCUUAUCAUUAAUUAGUGGUAAUUUUGAUUUGUUGCAAAUUUAAAUCUGGAAGAAAUAUUUUAUAUCCUUUCUCUCAGUUUUUUGUGUUUUACAAUUUACAGAAACAAUGUGUUCAAAUUAAUAGUUAAAAUAUUCGGCAAUGUUAUUAUCAUAACUAGUCAUGUUGGUGAAUACAAAAAUGUUUAAAAGUUUUAUGGAAUGGCUAUUGUUUUGAUAUCUUUUUAGUUUUAUUUUUUCAUAUUAUUUAAUCUUCACAUUGAGAAAAAAAAUUACAUCUACAAUCUAGUGUGGAAAAUAAUUAUUUUGAUAGAGACUUGAAUUUCCCUAUCAAUAAUUGGCGGACAACUAUUUCGUGUCACAACAUUCACUUAUAUUUUUGAUUUUUUUCUUGAUUGUUAGUAAAAAUAAGUACGAUUAAUUAAAAAAAAUAUUGACCAAGAAUUUUAUUGAUUAAUUAAUUUGAAUAUUUAAACAAAUAAUGAUCAUCCGAAUUUCACGAUUUAGAAUCUUUUGCCAAACUUAGCUCCUGAAUAGGCCAACAUUCUGUGGUUACAUUUGCCUUGAUAGCACUUUUCUGUCUGUGAAAUGGUCUGAUGGUACGUCUCCCCGUGCUCAUCGCUCUCAGCAGCCAAAUUCUCAGGAAAACAUCCAGAUUUGUGGCUAAAAAUGGCUCUUGAGUGACUUGUUGCAGUCUAAUGCUUGAUUAACUAAGUUGGAGUUUCUGGAACUGUUGGUGAUAUUCAUCCUGAAUACACUGUUUACACUAACACUCACAAUUUCACUGUGUGACGGGCGUUUCGAUAACUAAGUUUUCUUCUUCAGAUAGUGGAGGUAAACUGAAGACCAUAACUUGGUUAUCGAAACGCGCGUCAGAUAGUGUAAUUGUGAGUGUUGGUGUUAACAGUGUGUUCAGUACCAAUGCUUGAUAAGUCAACAAAACUCGCUAAAAAACAUUUUGUACUCCCCACUCUCAUGGUUACCUAGAAAAUUUGCAAUAACGUUCUUGAAGGAUUUUUUUGAUUUUUUCCAUUAAUAACUUCAUAUUAUCAUAGGUUUCUAUCAUAUUAGCAUCAGGAUCAUGUAAGAAAGAAAUAUAGUUCCAUCAAUUCGUAGUAGUAAAACUGCUUUCAAGAUAGUUUUAAUGAACAAACGAUAGCGGUUUAAUUCCAUUUUCAAAUUCUUUAUCUCUCCAUUUAUAUCAUUACAAUACACUGGAGUACACCGGAUUGUGCUAGGUUCUAAUUUUAUAUCAAAAAUCUUUUAGUUAUCAAAGGAAGAAAAAAAUCUUGAGAAGUAUUUAGGUUCAUUCUAUUUUAGAAAGACGACGUAAUCUAUUCGUUACUUUUAGAUUGUGGGAGAAAAAAAUAUGUUUUUAAACUAUUUACGAAUAUCUGUGGCGUCAAAUGACAACAUCUAAAGGUAAAGGUACACCUUCAAGGGCAAGAUAUCAACAUGAGAAACUGCUUGUUGUUUGCUUUGUCUAACUAUGUUUCGACCACUUCACUUAUAUGAAGAUCUUUAUAUUAAAUCGUAUUUAGAAUUACAUAAAAAUAAAUCGGCAUUGAAAGGACAGGAGCGGGCUAAUCGUCUGGCUGGGUGUUCACUUCCAUUCAGUACAAUGCUCCACUACCGACCGACCGAGUAAAGUCCAGUUCGGGAGAGUAGAGAAUACCUGGGUACACACCUGUACGUUUUUACGACAUGUAUAGCCUCUCCUAAGAAUUCUGAUUUUUUGAUAAAUUCAAGUCUCUAAAUAAUCCGCUAGCAAUUCACCUGAUCUGUUGUUAAAAUAUGCUUAUUUCCUAUAUUAGGACAGUGUUUAUAAGAUGACUCACCAGAAGCCUUUACUUUUUUAACUAUUCUAGCUAAGUAUGUGAAAGAUAAGUGCAGUUUUGAUCCAUUAUUACAAUGAAUAAUAUUAAUUACUGACGCACUAAUCGUAGUCCAUCUCAUUGUCAGACGACCGAUCUUCAUUGUUCUUCGUUGAUGAAGAACGGGUGGCAACUUCUGCUGGAAGGUUACGGUAGUAACGAUGAUAUAUUGGUGAGAUGUAUGGUAAUAAAUCCAUUAUAUCCUUUUUCUUAGCAGCUGUUACUAUUCUUUUUGAUGCGUAGAGUUGAUCUUGACGAAUAUGAAUCAAACUAUUCAAAGGUCUGCCUCCGGUUCUUUUCGUCAAGACAAUACAACUCCAUUUAGCGGUCUAGAGUUUAUUUGAACUGAAACUGCAGAGGUUUAUCCCUAUGAAAACGUUGCUAUCGAAUUUUAAGCCAUCUGAAAUCGUAGCCACAUGCUACUGCUUAAAAAAUGACGCAUUUCAACAACCCUGAAAUGGGGCAACUUUUUUUUGGAUCCUUUAAUAAUUUCAAUCCACUCAUCUGGGCUGUAAAUUUGUAUAUGUUUACGGCUCGAACUUUCUAUUAUACCGAAGUCAGUUUCAUUAGGAAGAUAUGAGAGUGAACUGAAACUAAGAAUUUGAGAUCUAUUGUAUUAAUCGAGACAUCUGGAUCUUGCACAAGUUAUAGAAGAGAAAGGCUUGUUUUGAUGCUUUUAGCCGAUGCAUGAAUCUGAGUAUGCAAUAACGUAACGCAUUUUCUUUUAAAUGUUUAACCAAAUAUGUUGCUAUGUCUUUGGUGCCACGCCCACCUUCAGUUUCGUCCCAUACGUACAUAUAUCCAGUUUUAUCGUUUCCACAGUGUAUACUUAGAUUGUAUAAGUAUAAAUUUCUUUCAUAGUAAGCAACAGAAACUGUGAGCUUAUGAAAGGGGAGGGCUUACAUUUUUUUUAUAGUUAACUCACUACUCAAAUAUUUUCUACAGGGGUUUUUAUUUCUAGAAUAGUGACUUUGGUAGGCCGGGAAAUUACUUAUAUGGGUAACAAUAUCUGCAUCGUCUAGUCGUCUGGAAUUUUUCGUGCCACGUCUUCCGUUGCACUCCGACAUUGUCUUCUUAGUAAUGCAUCUAUAUAGUCAUCCAUUACUUAUUUUAAAAGUAGAUAGACAAAAUUUCUUACACACAACCUGAAUAUUGACGUCAUUUCUUAAAAAAUACGAAAAUGAAAUCUCGUUACUGAUUACCAGACCUACCAUUUGGGCGGUUUCGAGCAACUUGCACGAGACCAUGGAUGUAUGAAUUUUGUGCCACAUAGCUCCAAGGUUCCAGAACGUCUCAAAAAUCAGUCUUCGAUUAUUUUCUGUGAAUAAAGUGAAGCAAUUCUUUGCACAGUUGCAAUAAAUUGUUUUCCUGGUACCUUCACUCCAUUCUUAAAAUUUUACAGAAGUUUUAUAUCUGUCAAUUGAUUUAAUAAGGAAAAAAGCGCUAGAUUAGCUAGAGGUUGUAUUGUCGGAAAAACAAUUCUUUAAAAUUGAAAAAUUGUGUAAGUACAAUAUUCAAGAUAUUUGUACAAAUAUUAAAAUUAUGUUAUGGUCCAUAAUAAUAUAGAUAUUUCAAAAUAUUUCAUAUCAAUUACAUUUCUGAAUAAAAAAAAAUGGGAAAGGUUAGGUUAGAUUAGGUUCUAUUUCAAUUACUUCGUUAGUUGUGACUUCUGGAGUGUCCUGUAUGCUUUCUGUAUCUUCUUUUUUAUACAAUUCUUUAAGAUUUUGGACCCCAAGUUUUCUUUGGUAUGUGGUUUGAGCUAAUAUAUUCACUUGCUUCUUUUCUCUGAGUUCUGAUGAAUCUCCACAUCUGUAUUUGGAGGCCAUAAAAGUCCUUUUUAAUUUUUUUUUAAAAUGAUCCCCAAUACUGUUAUUUUUUUGCCUUACUAGUGUCGUUUCUUACCCUCUUAUAGUCAUUCCUUGACUUCGGGCGUAUUUGUUGGUCAUGUUUUUAGAUAAGCCUUCCUUUUUUUGAUACAUUGUUCUUAGACUUUAUUGCAGAACCAUGGGGUUUUAAUGGGACCGAGUUUUUGUUGUUUUAUAUUUCAGGUGCCAAGGGCUUCCGUUGCAGAUUCCGUUUUAGUGUGCAAUGUAGAAAUCAUUGUUAAUAUGAGAAAUUUGGUCAGAUCAGUAUGCUAAGCAUGGAAUUUAAAAAAAAAAACUAACAGAAUUACCGUAGGUAACAUUUCCAUUUGAUCUUUUACCAUAUUUUUGAACUUAUUCAUAUAAUUGUUUAAUAUAAAUACACGAAAAAAGAUUUGUAACAUUUUUAUCCCACCAUUCUAAUGCCUUCCAUAUUAUACAAGUUCGUCAUGUAACAAAAAUACAUAUUUUUUUACUGAAAUAAACUUUUAUUUAUUAUCUACAAUAGGUUUUUUCAUUAAGAGUAAACGCAUUAAAUUAGAACUUAUUUACUUUUGCUAUAAAUACACCUAAAACAAAACUACGAGUAAUUAAUUAAAAAACACCAGCAUAGAACAAAGGCAGUAUUGCCCACAGGUAUACUUAUAUCAAAGAUUUCAGUUGUUUAAACCCUUUCCCUUAUAUUUUAAAAUAAAAAAGUCUCUUACUCAUCCACAACCUCUUCGUGUAUAUGUAAUAUUUCCUUUCCAUUUCGUUCUAAAAUUUGCUUCCUGUUUAGCCCAUCUCCAUUUCAGUCCUCUUUUCCAGAUUGUUUGCUUUUUUUAUAUUCAAUUGCCUUCUGGAUCUCUCUCUUCUCUUCUUUUUGUUUAUUUCAGUUUUCCAUCACUUUAACUGCUCUGUCCUCCUAUGUCUCCAACCAAUCUCAACUAUUGCUCGAUUUUUGCUUCUGAUUUCACCUCUUAUUGUGUCGUUCUUUAUUUUAUUUGGUUUCUUUACUCCCCGUCAGUACCGUCUUUUCACACGUUGGUAUUUUUUGCUCCAAUCUGUUGGUACCCAGGAUAAACCACCAUAGUUCAUUCAUUCAGCAUAGUUCAGUGAUUCGUAGAUUUUCGUUAUUGGUCGAAAAAUACUCUGAACAGCGGUACAUAUGUGGAUAUUGUCUUGCUACCCUAUUGGAUACCUCUUUAUGAAUUCUUCCAUCUGGUCUUACGAUUGACUCUGAUACUUUGACAUGUUAACGCUCUCCUUUUCCUGCUCUUAUAGUUGCACAGUAGGUCUUCUGGUAUACUCGAUAUUCAUUAAUUCACUUCUCUCUUCUGUUUUGUAGUGCUUCCUCUAUAUUAGCGAAUAUUUCGUCCUUGAUUAAUAAGAACAAUAAUGGGCUUAAAAUGCCUCCUUGUCCUACUCCACUUCUUGUCAUCAUCUCCUGCUGAUUCCACAUUCUCUUAAAUAUAUUCUUGAUUGUUUAUUUUUUUUCUAUCCAUAAUUAUUUCCCAUUUUUUCUCUGUUGAAGCUAUCAAAAACUUAUCAAAAUUAAUUGCUGCAAUGUCAUUGUCUGUAACUGUUAUUUUUUCUGUUCUGUCUGAAAGUGGAUAUCUAGUCUGGUAUUGAUCUGUCGAAUCUAAAUGUGUUAUUUAACUCUCGUCUUACCUUCUCGUAUGUAAUACAGAGUAGCAAUAAAAAAGUUAUGGUGAAUCUAUUGAAGCCAAACAGGUUGCUUGUGCUUAAAAGCAGAUGUGCUUUUGAAAUUUUGAACAUAAAAUUGAAUUUUUGUGAUAAGUUUCAACAUAAAGUAAAGCUGGAAUAUUUUUACUAAGUCUUAUACGCCCAUUUUUACCAUUAAGAUAAAGAUUUGUAUAAAACAACUAUAUUUUCAUAUGAUCGUUAGGCAAAAUGUUAAUAAAUCUUUAAAAGACAAUAGAUAAGUGUUAGCGUAUCAUAUUUUUUCAUUCGCGGACUCUAUUAUCGUCUGAAUAUUUAUAGUCACAUUAUUUAAUCUAGUAGUUUUUUUUUCUUAUAAUAUACUAUUAUUGACUUGUGCCAUUCGCUAUUAACCCGAUCUUCAGUCAAUAAUCAGAACAAUACUUUUUGUAAAAACAAAUGUAAUAGAGACUGAACUUGCUUAUCUGAUUUUUAUUUUUGGGAAAACUUCUUUGGCACUUAUGUAUUGUGAUAUCGGUAAAUAUUUUUAACGGGAGUCCAAACUUUGAACUGAAUAUUUAUACCUGGAAUUCUAAUGUUAGACUCUUAAAAUGUACUGUACAGUAAAUAAAAAUUUGAUAGAUAGCAA